AUGAAAUAUGACUGCAUGAGCGUGACGCCAUUUUUAGUGAAGGCCCUCGACAUUAAAAAUGUCGAUCGUGUUGCUAGUACAAGUAUCGGCAGUGAUGGGGCGGCCUUACUACCGAUCUUGCUACUUAUGAUCAUAAGAGACUGUGUUGAUCAUAAUGAAACAUCAUCAAGAAAUGAUGGCCCAUGCAAAGAUUACUUCCUCCACAGUUGUUGCGCGUAUCUUCCCGCCAUACUUAACUUCCCUCGAAAGAGACAAAAAACACUCACUCUCUUAACUUGCAAGGCAGGUGGCGAAAAGACUCCCUUCAAUUUGUUCAAAUGUGACAGUUGCAACUACACGUGUAACGGAUUCGCCUACUUAUCACAGGCGGACGAAGACACUUCUCUUGUUCUGGGCAUCGUGUGCGCCCUCAUGCCCACCUCAAUCAUGCACCGAUCCCACGGUGAGUACCAUAUCCUCCAAUCGAAAACUUACAACCAACAACCGUGUAGCUACUGUGGCUUGGAAUUAAAACCCGACAAUAGCUACGUAUGCAACAACUGCCGCAAUUUUGGGAUACAUCCAGCUUGCGCCCUCAUUCCGAACCAAGUACGCUACCGUAAAUUCGACCCCCACCCUCUUUACCAUUGGUGUUAUCUCGAAAAGGAACAAUCAAUACUUUGCGAGGUCUGUGAAAAUAGCAUACAAAGUGGAGAGUGGCACUACCGUUGCCACCUAUGUCAACAAUCAUUGCACUUUAAUUGCGUCCCAUCUGUCGAUCGACUCUCCAAGAUCAAGUUUGGGUUUACUGUCCGUGUACAAGGCCAUCCAUGCCCCGUCGCUUGUGUACGCGCGCUUUCAGUGUAUUGCUACAUGUGUGGCCAUUGUGGGAAGACCAUAAAGGAACACAACGACGAAAUUGCUUUUGAGUGCCCCAAUUUUGCUAUGGAAUAUUUCAGAAAAGCAAGUUAG